CUCAGACACACCUCCUCUCUUUCCCUCCAUCACACUCGCACAUAAAACCGUGGAAGCUGUGGAAGCGUCGCUGGCCGAAGCGGACAAACAUGUAGGGCGGCAUGAAGUACGCGGCUGCGGGAGCAUCGCGGCAGGCGCACCUGGCGGAGCGCGCGGCGGCUGCAUCCCACGACCAUCCUGAUAUGAAGCCAUACUGAUUGGAGAGCAGCCACGCUCCUUUAAGAUGACACGGACGCAUCCUCCUGAUAUACUGGCAUCCACUCUGUAUCAGGACAUUGCUCUAAAUCCAAUUACUGACCACUCUGUUUCUCUCCACUCUUCCCAGCAAUGUGACUUGAAAAUGAUUGACAAACCGGAAAUAAUUAACAAAAGACACUGCCGUAGCUUUGACUUUAUUGAAUCUCUGGAUGACCCACAGUGCUUCUCUUCCACAAUGGAAUACCCUUACAAAAGGGAAGACAAUCACACAUUAAGCAAAGAUCUAUUAUGGAACGGAUUAGAUCAACUGGGGCACCACCGAUUUUCAUCUCCCGAUCUAUUUUACACUCUGCAGUUCCGGCAACAUGCCAGUCAAGACAAAACCAGCAAUUUUAUGGUCGGAUUCAAAAAGAGAGCAAGGUCUAAAAGUGCUCCCAGAUUCAAGUCCACACUCACCCCUAUACCCAUCUCAGUAUCUCCCCCAGAAGCCAGGAAGAACAGAGAUGCACCUCCACCUGCAUCAGAUACUUUGGGAACUUCUGAAACACAUCGAGAGUCCUUUUCCUCCAAGGCUUUCUUGAAUGAGGUUCAUCCUAUAAAACUUCAAUCUCAUUCUCCUCUCUAUGUCUCGGACUGUUUUGAAGAGGACAAACGUGAUAAACCAGCUACAACUCCUCAUGUCAGAUGCCGUAUGGACAUUAAACCAGAUGCGGCAGUACUACAGCAUGCGUCGAGACAGAUUCCGAAUGUACAGAAUGACCAUGUUUGGCAGAGAUCCUCCCAUUCCAGUGGCAGCAGAGGUUUGUAUGUGCCGUGCCAGCUUGUCUCUUCACCAACGCCCACUCCAAGCGAAUGCUACAGUGGAGAUUUUAGACCAGGAUACCACUACACCAGCAUGUCUCCUAUAUCUUUCCAGCAUCUAGACAUGCAUAGAAUGUCAUCACCAACAGUCCCAUAUUUGAGUCAAGAACAAAGAGCUUACUCAAAUCCUAACAUUCCCACUAAAUUUUUCUACACAGAAGACCCUGUUCGAUAUCCCAUCCAUCCCUUUUCUAGAACAUACUUUCAGGAUCAUAGGUCUAGUUUAACCAGCCAAGGUAGUGCUGUGACCAGCCAGUAUGAUCCAGGAGCUCGAUGGGUUCACACCCUUCCAGUCAGAUCAUGCUAUACCGAUCAUCUAUCCAACCAAGCACCAGCACAGACAGUCUAUAAACCUUACUCCACUAGUGAGGCAGGGUCCUGCUUUUCUCAAACACCACUGUCCAGAUCUUAUUAUGAAGAAGACAACCGAUUCAAUCCAUACCGUGUGAACAGCUCAAGGUUGUCUUUCUCAAAGCCAUUCAACCCACCCGAAGAGCAAUACAUUCCAACCCGGCCAUAUCAUACAGAGGGCCGUCGACGUCCUCAUAUAUCCCCAGCCUUUUCAGAUGACUUGUAUCACUCAAGUAUAUCUGGUUACUCAUACCAGUCCUCUCAGCACAUACCAGCAAGAAUAAGGCAAGACCCCAUUAUGUCCCCAUGGUUUCCAAACAGCUGUAGACUUGGAGCAGAGGUCAAAAACCAUUCCAAGUCUUGGGACAAUAUUUUGUAUCCACGGCAUGACAUAGAGCGGUCAGUGCCCCGUGGGCGAAGCUAUGAAAAUCUGUUUUACCACAGAACACACGGAGCCUCCUCUGACAUUACAAGCCAACCUGUUAUACUUAACCUUUCAAGCUCACCAAGGCGCUAUGCUGCCCUUUCUCUCUCUGAAACUUCAUUAGAGAGGGGCUCAAGCAGUUCCUGGAGGAAUACCAAGAGCAGUCACUGGUUUGUGACGCCGGAGAUCACCAUAACUGACAACGACAUCAGUGCUGGCAACACCAAGAAGCGAGAUGUGCACUCUGUUAAUUGGGAUGUGAUGGACAGUGAAAAGACACCAUCUGCACGGGUAAUGCUUCAAAAGCAGCCAUCCCUCAAAACAGAUGUAACCAAAGACACAAAACACAACUUUUCUUUGCAACAGAGUCUCGAGCAACUGGAUGAGCUAUUAGCUGACUUAGUGGUUGAUUACAAACCACCAACAAUCAAAACGUCCAAUGAAGACCUGGUGGACCAGGUAAAACAACCAAUUAGUGAAGAUAAUGAAAAAGACAGAGGGUCUUCUGGACAAGACAACCUAGGAUGUUUGAACAAAGAUGUCACAUCCACUAAAUCCAGCCCUGACACUGUCAAAGACCCUGACAGUGGCUGUGAUGGUUUACAAAGGAGUGCAGAAGAGUGUUCUCCAGAUCACAGUACAGAUGAAGAUGACACAAUGGUUUGUGCUAACAGGAAGUGCAACCGGGUUGAGAGCAUGUUCAAUGCCUGUUUGUAUUUCAAAUCAUGUCACAGUUGCUACACCUUUUACUGCUCAAGAAUCUGUCGCAGGGACGACUGGGAGACUCACAAAGAGACUUGUCUGUAUGGUCGCGUCAGCAGUGUGUGUCGCCACGCUCUCAAAUUCUGCAGAGAGAAUUCAGACAUCCAUAAAGCCUUCUCACGUGUUGCUCGAGCUGGUUAUCUUUCCAGAGGCAGAGGCAUUCUGUUUCUGGGUUUUGCUAAUCCAGGGACAGCUGACAACUUCUUGCAAAUUGGGCUCGAGAGCCUCCUAAUGUCUCCAACGUACUUAUCUCUCAGAGAGCUGGAUGGCUUCAAGGACAACCUUGGCGAAUACUGCAAGGAACUGCAGCAGGCAGGUAGUGAAUAUGACCCAAAUGAAUGUUUCCUUCUGAAUGUAUCCAUAGCUGUUGGUGAACUAGUGCCUAACAGACCUUCACCAAGAAUCCAAGCACCGACAGUUCGAAAAUAUGCAAAGGUAUCCCUAGCUUCUUCAAGCCCGGACAAAAAGGUACCCAAAAAGGAGAUGGAGAUGGAAACUCUCAUCCUCACUCCACCUCCAGGUACGCCGGGCAUUGACAAGGAGGGGGAGGAGGGAAGAAAAGCCAGAGAGGUUUGUUUUGUCAAUAUCCAACGUGAGCUCAGGACCAGGGGAGUCUUCCUUCGUCACGAGUACCCCAAAAUUUAUAAUCAGCUUUGUGAGUUUGUGGAAAGCAACAAAAGAUUCACACCAACUACUAUUUACCCAAUAGAUAAGAGAACAGGGAGGCAGUUUAUGUGCAUGAUCAUGGCUGCAUCAGAGCCAAGAACACUGGACUGGGUGGGUACCCCUCACCUCUUGGAUGAUAUUAUAUAGGAUAGCACCACAGAGUUCAUGAUAUUGAUGUCAGUGUGUACAUACUGUAAUUACAAGGGGUGAUUGAACAGAUUGAAAUAUGAAUAUGGAAAGACAUCAGAUAAAUUUCUCAUUUGCCCACAUUUCUUCUGUCAUUGCGACACGUGCACACGCUGCCUGUUGUUUUUAGCUUGUUUGAUCCUGUUGCAUCAUGAAGAGUUAAUAGCCUGCAUGUAUAAUAGGCAAAUAAAACUACCGAGGUUAUUAAUGUGAACAUUAACGUGAACAUUUAUGGAGUUUGCCGUUUUUGCAGAAAAUGUAUGAAGCACACAAUAUUUCUAAAGUACAGGUCUCAUUGCCUCUGCAAAACAUGGGUACGCUCAUGUCUCACGUUUUAACAGUCAUCCUCUAUUUUUUUUUUCCUCCAGUAAAUAUUAUAUUGAAACCUCAAAUUAUAACUUGUUACAGUGGUUGUUAUAUUACAACUGUUAAUUCAUUAUUAUUAUUUUUUUUUUAGUAUUUUAAAUAUUAGUUCCUAAAUAUGCUGUAGUUGUGUGUGUGGGUGUCUGUUUGAAAAUUAUUGCUAUAUUAGUUGUUUCAUUAAAAACUUACACCGGUAUUUAUUUUCCUGUUUAAUUCAAAAAUUAGAUUUUUUCAUUAUUAUUACAUAUUAAAUCACAUAAGACUUGAUGUCAGUCUUGUUUUUUAAUUUAUUUUAAAGUGGCCUUCUAUCAUAAACACAUGCAUUUGACACAAAGCAAUGUAUAGGUUUAGCUAUUACUAAAGGGUUGACAGCUUUUGACAUAAUUACCUGUGUGAAUGAAGUUACUAUGCCCAAAGCAUGUUAUUCAGGUAUUUUAAUAGUGAUACUGCUUAUAAUUAAAUUUAAGUUGUUAAAUUAACUACCAUCUGAUGCCUAGAAAUGUAAGAGGUAUAUAUUGAAUAUUACAGAAUUUGAUCAAUAUUAUCCCGAGACCUUAUUGUAACUAAGAUUAAAGUAAGUUCUUGAACCAUAUGCAAUAAAAGAGCAACAGCAACAACUAUAUUGUAAACUGUUUAAUCAUUUAAAAAAAAAAAAAUGAAUUCCUUGGAGCCAUGAACUGCAAAAUCUUUUUUUUUUUUUUUUGGACUGACGUGAAUUACAAUGUAAGAAUAUUCCUGAUGUAACUGCAGUACAGCACAGAACCCAGAUUGAUAUGCCUGCUCCACUGCAUUAUUGACUAAUCUAAGGUUGCUCUUUUACUCCAUUAUAUAUAUAUAUAAAUAUAUCUUUGUGCAAGACCUUCUUCAACUUUAUAUUUUGUGAUGUUUAUAACCUACAUAAAUAUAUAAUAAAUGGAAUUUAACAAGUG